AUGGCCCAAACCGGGCCCGACACAAACGCCUCAGUCCACGCUGUGCUUGGAUUAGUUGAUGCUCUUGUGAAAGAGACCACGAUCGCCUUCCUAGACAACCUCCCAAAUGGCGAGGGAAAAGCCCUCCUUUGCAGGGGCAUCCUGCAAAUGCUGGCGAAGUCUGGACUUUCAUACAAUUCACUGCUGCUUUACACUCCCUACGGCCGAGGGAAGCCAAUUCUGAACUCGACUGAAAGAUGCGCAGAGAUCAUUGCAAAAGUCCAUCCGGGUGCACCAGCCAUCUACAGGACAUGGAAGAACACAUCUCUAUCCAAUAUAAAGCCGGAACACGAAAUAUCAAAAGAACUGACGUGGUCACAUUCAACCUCGAAAGCCAUCACUUCUGGGGAACGAACCCUCACCAUACCUGCCACCAUCCUUCUUCCCGAUCAUCAAAAGACCACAAUCUGCAAUUUCGAUUUCCCGUAG